UAGCCUAUAUGUUUUCUUCCUGGGUUCAAUGGGUUCAGUGUUAUUGAUAUCGAAUGGGCCUGCAGUGCCCUGCAACAAGAGUUUCUCCAACACGUGUGUAAUUUAUUCAUAAAAUGCUAUAUAUUCAAGUGUAAAACGACUUACUGCCUUUUAAUGGCUGAAUGCCUCUCCAUUUUUAUCUCUCUAUACCCCCUCACACAUAAAAGAGAGGAAGAAACUGUCACCAAAAAAUGCAACCGAACUCUUUACCUACUUUCACAGCGAUGGUAAAAACAAAGCAUCAUGGGAGCACGAGUCCUCUUCGCCGAGUUCCACCUUUGGAAGUUGUUACGGCUGGGACGCGACAGAACUACAUUUCCUAGAAUGCCAUUUUCUGUACAUUGGCUCAUGUUAUACAUGGGGGAAUAUGAGAGCGGCGGAGGAACCGAAAGCGACAGCAGAAUCCCUGGCGAUAAGUAUAGCGAUAAAUAGUGGUCGUGAAAUGGGGGGAAUUCAAUGCCCGAUCACUCAAAACAGACUGUCGUAAAAGGAAAACCGUAUUUUGGGUUGUAUUUUUGUGUAAAUAUAAAUUUGGCGUGGACCGGGGUAAGGCACCUCCCUGCUUGCUCUGCGCCGGGGUGUGUGCGUGUUUUUCGGGUAGGCUUCAUCGCAUCACCGCGCUGCAGUGUGUUACUGGAACCGAACUGAGGUGCCACGCCGCCGGUUACAGCUGCCCUGCGCCGUCGGCCGAUACUAUGUCAAAAACAGAGAGAGACAAAGUAACACUGCGAACCAAUCCUACUGACCUAUGCAAUGCAAAAAUGGCAACUUUGCUGUCUAACAGCUGUGGGUUGUAGCCAUAAAGAAGUGCAAGAGUGCCGAAAAAUAUAGUGGAGAUUUUUGUGCCUGAAAUCUAAAAGCUUUGAAAAGCAGCGCAAUAGGCAGCCCGCAUGGAACGAGCAGGAAGCAUCCAACUUGAUAUUCCGGACUUCAGCAACUCCGUCCUGUCGCACUUGAACCAGUUGCGAAUACAGGGUCGUCUAUGUGACAUUGUUGUCAAUGUUCAGGGCCACAGUUUUCGUGCCCACAAGGUGGUCCUUGCCGCCAGCUCCCCCUACUUCAGGGACCACAUGUCACUGAGUGAGAUGAGCACCGUGUCCAUAUCAGUCAUCCGGAACCCAACCGUAUUCGAGCAGCUCCUUUCGUUCUGCUACACAGGACGAUUAUGCUUGCAACUUGCCGAUAUCAUCAGUUACCUGACGGCUGCCAGCUUCCUCCAAAUGCAGCAUAUUAUUGAUCGUUGCACACAGAUUUUGGAAGGCAUCCACUUUAAAAUCAGCCUAUCAGAUGUGGAAGAGGAGCUCGGGAAUGGAGCUCAUAGAACCACCAACCAAACCAUUGAGUCGGGACGAGGUGGGACGACACUAAGUGGGUCCCGCUCCUUGAGUCCCAGACUCACAAGCUCCCGGUUGAUUGGCAACACUGGGGUGAUCAGCAUCCGCGAUGUGAGGGAAGUUCGAGAGAUUAGUCCCCCUGGGGAGUCCAUGAGCCCUCAAAUAGUGGAGCACAGUGGCAUUGGCUCCGAGGAGGUAGGAUCUGGAAAAGAACCCAUUCUUCGAAUUAACCGAGCCGGGCAAUGGUAUGUUGAAACAGGACCUGAGGCAGAGAGAGGAGGAGAGGAGAACGUGCGGAUGGUUGAUGGGUUUCGGAUUAAGACAGAAAGGAUGGAUGAGUGGAUGGGGGCAGAGACCCAGGCUUCAGCGGAGGAAGGCAGUGGGGCAGAGGAGGGGCCGACAGUAAUGAUUGACACCUCAGGACGUAGCACACUAGUGCAGGAAGGAGGAAGAGGUGGGAAAAGUUCCCAGCCGUCCAGUAGCUUCAGUGAAACAGAGAGGUUUAGUCCAACAGGUAGUGUGGUGGUCAUGGCUGAUCGCCAGAGAGCCAAGAGUGAGUCUCCAGGAAGAGUUGACGAUCAGAGACAUCCCACCUCACAGGGAGAGGAACAAGCUGUGUUUGACAUGGGAGGAUAUGAGGAAUACCUACGAGAACAGGUAGGUGACAGGUGGUUCCGCUACAACCCCCGUCUCACCUGCAUUUACUGCUGCAAGUCCUUCAACCAGAAGGGAAGCCUAGAUCGUCACAUGCGCCUGCACAUGGGCAUUACCCCUUUUGUCUGCCGAAUCUGUGGGAAGAAAUACACCCGCAAGGACCAACUUGAGUACCACAUCCGUAAGCACACAGGAAACAAGCCCUUUCAUUGCCAUGUCUGUGGCAAGAGUUUCCCGUUCCAGGCUAUCCUCAACCAGCACUUCCGUAAGAACCACCCAGGCUGUGCCCCACAGGAGGUGUCCCAUAGUGCCUCUCCCGAGACCACCACGGUCACCUCCCGUGGAGGACAGAACGAAGACGAGUCACCCAGCCAGGAGGAAGCUGAGGGCAAUGGUGGAGGGGGAGGUGCUGGCUCAUCCUUCGGAGAAGGGGUCCAACCGUCAGUCUCUACCACUGGGCCUGACUGAAAGGCUUUGACGAAAAAUGUUACAAAUUUAGGGAGACACAGGACAGCAGGGUCAAACAGGACCUUCUCUCUUGAGAUCCGCCUGUCCCUUGUCUCCCAACAUCCACACUGAAAGUUGCAAUUUGGAAGAAGUUGAGUAAGCAGGAGGUUCUUUCAGCUACUGUCAAAAAGGAAAGGUCUAAAAAAAAAAAAGGGAUAGUCUUAAGCGUCCCAUUUGGACAAAGAUCCUCUAUUUUUUUCAAUGAUAACAAAGAUGCAAGGAACAGUUUGCUAGGAAUAGUAUUCUCUAGGGAUUUAUAAAUGGUAUUUCCGCUUUAAACCGCAUCUACCUUCACCAUACAAACUGAACAGGACGUCAAUAUAUGAAGACAAGCCACACUCCAACAACCUCACACACCACUGGAUGCAGUGAUUAAUUUUGUUCGUUUGAUUUGUUUUUAGUCUUUUCUGUCUUUUUAUAUGUUAUGAUUUUUUAUAUUUUUGUACUACUACAAAUCUUUCAGGAUAAACAAAAAGAGAAGCUCUAGCUAUGAUUUGGUCAAAUUUAGUCAAAAAUUGCCAAACUUCUCUGUGCCAGAAGUUGCAUUUUAAAAUGAGAGGACAUCGUAGUCCUUCGCUAUUUUGCCUUGAGACAAUCUUGAUAAAUUAACCUGGGACUUGACUUUGUGCUCCCCAGUCAUGGCAAGCUUAGGAAAACGGGUUCAGUUUUUUUUUUUAUUAGGGACCCUCAGGUCUGACCUAACAUAAGAUUCUUAGUUUCUUUUUAAGUGCCGAUCCGGCCUGCCAUAUAACUGAAACGCAUUGCUCACACUUAGCCUCAACGCAAGGAAGUUGUAGAACUUAGGGUUUAUAACCAGAAACACUCACAUUGUUGUUUUACUGUUUAAUGUAGGUGGUAAUACUGUGAUAUAGGCACGCUGGUGAAAGGACAAGGGUCAAGCAUAGCAGUGACAUAUUUAUUUACUUUUUAAUUUCCGUUAAGGCCUUCAUACAUCUCCAAACUCAACUACUCAGCUGCUGAAUGUGGGCGAUACAGUGAUAUAACACACAGGAAAUCUUUCAACCUCAAAUAAGCUACAAUAGACCGCUCAGUUACCUCUCUCUCACAUCACUACGCAAUACCGAUCUGUCACACGCAGAUGUGUGGAUGCACUCAGCCGAAUUUUAUGUUCAUUGUUUAAUUUCUUUCUUUACGUUGAGAUUUACAAGCCUCACCAACUUGUUUUACAGAUAUUUUGUUUGUAAGAAUGUUUUUGAGCAGGGGGAAGGGGUCCCAGAAGACGUAACCUUCUUCCUUUUAUGUGUCAAGUCAAAAGAAUUGAGUCUAGUGCGGAGACGAACCAAAUGUGGACUUGGUUGUCAAUGCCAUUUAGGAAAACGGAAACCGUAUGUCUGUGAUGACUGGGGGAAAAAAAAUUAAAUGCCACGGAAUGACUUUGAGUUUAAGUUUUCCCUUCAUCUAAUGGAAGGCACUUUAACCUUGGGGUCAAGUGCCUUUACACUUGGCUUAUGAACAGAUGUUUCCAGAUGGUGCUAUGACGUGAAUUUACUGAAGCUCUCAGUAACCAAAGGAACUGAAACUUGGAAGUUCUUAAACCCUUGGGAGGGUGAACAGGAGAAAAAGAGAUUACAUCAGGCACUUAAAGAAAGGGUGGGGGUGUUUGUUUAGUUUUUGGAAUACUUGUAUAUCUAUAUACAUGUGUCACUUAUGCAUAUUUAGACAAAUUUAUACAUGUAAUAACAACACAGAGGCAGUUUCGAGAACGAUCAACAAAAGCAAAGGUGUUUAAGCGCAAGUCAAGCUGUUAUUGUUUUUAUAAGGCUGUGAAUUACACUUGAUUGCGACUGAUUUUUUUAUUUUUUAGGAAAUGGUUAUAAAAAUCAGCUACUGAUGUUUCCGAUAGAGAUUUUGUGCACCUCGCUUCAUAUCAAACACAGGUUGGAACUUACUUUUACCGUUACUCUCAUCUGUGAACACAGGUCAGCAGGUAAACACUUCUUACAAAUAUCAGGAACUCUCUGUUUACUUUUGGUGUUGACCUUUUCGGUUUGUACCAAGCAGAUUUUCUUACUUGGAACUCUAGCUCUGGGUAACUUGGGUCGACAUAUUUCACGAGUGCAGCGAGAAAAAAAAAAAACAUGAAUAUUUUCACUCAAUGUAAAUAGCCAUGCCUCAGAAGCAUCCGCAUUGAAAUACAAUUCUGAAACAGUAUGAUUUCACGUUUGUUGUACAGUUAAGAACCCAGGUAAAUAGAAGAGCAUGUUGAUAUUGCUUUUAUUUGUCACAAUGCAACCUCAUGAUAAGGGCAGAUGAGUAUGUCUGUAAACAACAACAUAAUCACAAUCUAAUAUGUUAUAAUAUAUCAAGCAAAUAGGUUCUUUUAACGCCUUUACGUUUAAAUUUAGAUUUGGGGCAUGAGCCUGUUUUGUGUAUGCCAAUCAUAUAAGGGUGAUAGUGACUUAAAUUAUCUCUAUGUGAAUGAAUUAACUGCAAUUUAAUAUCAAGGGAUCUAUAUCUAUAAUCAGUCAUUCCGAUUGUUAUUGAGCUGCACCUUUUAGCAGUCUAAAUUUAAUCAUGUUAAUUUGGGUUUCAGGGCUUAUGAUAACUUUUUAGCAUGUUUCCCUAAUGUUGACCUUCGAAACAUUGAUGGUUGACCAACCUGUCUGUUUUUGUUCAACUAUAUUAUUCAUUCUAAUAUUAUGUGUUUGGCUUUUGUAUGUUUUUCAAGCUUUAAGAGGAUAAAUGUGUUGCUACGGUGUAUAUAUUAGCCUGUAAAAUGUAAUGUUUCUCUAUGACAAUACAUCUACUGCAGUUCAAUUAUUGACUGAUCAAGUCAAUCCUAACCAAAUUAUGUCUAAUCUUAACACAGUGUUAUUGAAUGUGUAGUUACAUAUGGAACAACAUUGAAGCAAUAUUUCGGCCUAUUUCCAGAUGAAAGGGUGCAGAAUGAAAAUGCACUUGUGCAAACGGCGACCAGUCGAUUUCAACAUGAAAAACUUGUUACGCGUUUAUGCAUAUUGCAAUACCUGCCAACACUUCCAUUUUUUCUGGGAGUCUCCCGUAUUUCAGACCCAUCUUCCUUCACCCUCUCAUUUUGUUACUUCUGGAAAACUCCCAUCAUUUUUUAUACUGUAAUCGUGGAUUCACACGGGGCUUCAGCGUCAGUGCUUGACUGAGGGUGUGUCUGAAGUUGGGGCUGACACGAUCAGCCAAUGAAAUUAGUCCACAAUAGGCUACUUUCUGAGCUGGGGUAUUUACUGAAGCGUCAGCCAAUCAGAUUGCUUUAUGCAAAGUUGAGAAAUCCCGAACUUCUGCAGCAAGCAACGCCGCUGAAUUGGCGCCGACGGAUCCACAAUUCAGUUCGGCAACGCUUGAUGUCAACUAUUCUAAGUAAAUGGGAAUCGUUGACACCCACUGUGAAUGGUGUGUGACAUCCACGGGUCGCCGACUUUGGUAUAGUAUCCGAUCGCAUCGGUUGCCCGAAACCCGGUGCAUAGUACAGUUACUUACCCAGUUCUCAGCCUAACACCAAACCGCCCACUGUGGGUUCCCGGAUUUUCAGAGACAAAUGUUGGCAGGUAUGAUAUUGGCGAAUGGGAUAAAAUUCUAUCUGUGCGAUCACAUUUACCUCAUGUUUAUUUGUUUUUUUUUCAUGGUCCGCCUUGUGAAACGUGAUAAAGUGCAUGUCUCUACUUAGUCGUUUUUUGUUAUUUUUUGGGGGGAGGGAAGUCCGACUGACAAAACUGAGCCAUAUCUUCAGAGUUUGUUCAGUCUUGUCGUGAGUCCCUCUGGAGCAAAUAUUUUGUACAAGCAACACAUUUCAGAAGAGGACACUUCAAUAGCCUACAUAUAUAUAUUUCAACUCUUAGUCUGUCUGAAUAAGCAAACAAGCAAGUGAUGCAGUGUCAAAAAAAAGUCAAUUGUUUUGUUUUUACCUCAAAAGAGUCUUUGUACAAGGAAACAAGACAUUGUUCUUCUACUGACCUUCAGUAGGAAUUGUUUAUUUGCAUGUUGUCUGUCUUUUGUAAUGGCCAAACAUAAAGACAAUUCCAGGCAUCUAAAUUUGCACCAACAGAAGCCAAAAUAUUGACCUUUUACGAGUUGUCAUGCUAUAUUGUUUUAUCUUGUAAAAGCAAUAUAGUCUGUAAAGUUCUUUCCAUGUGUCUUAGAAGAUUUAAUCACUUUAAUUUAAACCAUACUUCAGAAAAUAUCUUAUUUUACAAAACCACGAUAAAGCAAAAAUAUUUUAUUCUUGGGAAAAAAAAAGGUCCAAAUUCCAAAACACGAGAAUAGUUGUCUUAAAAUUUUAAUAGUAGACCAAUAUAUUUAUUGAGAUAGCAAAUGUUUUAAAAAUUAAGAAAUUAUAUUGAUAGGCAAUUAAAGUAUAUUUACUUAUUUGAGAUUAAUCUGCGUUUAUGAUUGCUUUAAAUUUGCAUUUCAAAUGGUACAGGAAUCAGAAAGUUUAAUCAUUAAUAAUGUGAAUGCCAUCUUCACGAUAACCACUAUGUUUAUUUUUGUUUCCUUACUGGCAGUGUGUCAAGUCCAUUCUUCUAAAUAGAAAUAAAGCACUUUAAGUGUAACUGUGAAGGAUUUUUAAUUAUGUUCUUUCAAUGUAUAAUUAUGUAAGCCCAGAUUGUGUGAUACUGCUAAACCCAAAUUUCUAAUAUGAAAAAAAAAAUAAACCUGUUUUAUCAUU